CGGCGGUUGCCUCCGCCGACUGCUCCUUCCUAACUACACCCGCCCGCCGCCGCUGCGCAGCUGCUUGGCUUGGUUGUUUGGUGGCCGGUCGGCUCCAUCGAUCCGGGGACUCAUCAACCAGCGGCCGCGUCAGAUCGAGGAAGUGCAGGGGUGAUGGCGUCGAGCACCGGUGUUGCACCUCCUAGCUCGCCAGAUUCUCCGGCGGUAGGUCAUGGCAUUGACCAACCGUUGAAGACGAUCGAGAUCAAGGAAUCCCCAAAGGGUGGGGAUACAACACCGACAUUCAUAAAUCCCCUGCUGCUUGCAUCGGCGUGCCUCGGCUCCUCGGCAGCACUACAUUUCCUUUUUGAAAGGGAAGACAAACAAGAGCCACCGAUGUUGAUGCCUACUCAAGUAUUUCUUGACAAGCUAGUGGGAUAUAUCCCCGGGAGCAGCCAUAGAAGAACACUGAUGUUGUUGCCAGCUUCAAAUGAUGUAGAAGGUGGUGUUGAUCAUCCUGUUUUGCUGUUAGCAGCUUGUACUUCUGAGGACAUAGAAGAUGGUGUUGAUCAGGCUGCUUUGCACACUACAACUUCCCACAAUGCAGAAGAUGGCGUUGAUGCGCGUGCUUUGCCAGCUGCAGCUCCGCUUCUUAAUGGUGUCACCGUCGAGGGGGACACCGCACUACAUGUGGUUGCCAGCCACGGGGACAGCGCGGAAUUCUUGGAUUGUGCUAGCAUCAUCCACAGGAGGGAUAAUGGCCUCCUACUUGUGGUAAAUCAAGUGGGUGACACACCCUUGCAUUGUGCUGCCAAAGCUGGUCACUCCCAAAUGCUCUGUCGUCUCACUGAACUAGCUAGAAGUCGCGGCAGACUGCACAAACUAUUGAGAAGGGAGAAUAAGAUCAAGGAGACGGCCCUGCAUGACGCAGUCCGCAUUGGAAAUAAGGAUAUUGUGGAGCAUCUACUGAAGACUGAUCCCAAUCUAGCUAAUUAUCCUGAAAAAGGCACCUCACCAUUAUACCUGGCAAUUUUACUGGAAAGGGACAUCAUUGCACAUACACUACACAACAAGACCCAUGGCAAUCUCUCGUACUGUGGACCACGUGGGAAAAAUGCGUUGCAUGCUGCGACUUUUCGAGGCACAGGGAUCACAAAACUUGUAUUGAAGUGGAAUAAUAGCCUUACUACACAUGGGGACAGAGAUGGGAGCACACCUCUUCAUUUGGCCUCAUCUUUCAAGAAUUCCAUUAGUUUUACACAAUUAUUUGAAGCUAACCCAGCACCAGUGUAUAAGGCAGACAACACAGGUUUGUUCCCGGUACACAUUGCUGCCUCAGCGGGCGCGAAAAAUGUCCUACAAAUUAUACUUGAGAAGUUUCCCAGUAGUGCCAGAUUGCGCACUUCUCAAGGACGGACAUUCCUACAUGUUGCUGUUGAGAAAAGAAAAUUGAACAUAGUCUCCUUUAUUUGCCAAACUCCUUCUUUAGCUUGGAUUUUGAAUAUGCAAGACAAUGAUGGGAAUACUGCACUGCAUUUAGCCAUCAAAGCUCCGAUGCUUCAAAUAUUUUGUUCUUUGUACGGGAAUAAGGAAGUACAUUUAACUUUGACAAACAACAAGGAGGAGACACCCAUUGAUCUAUCCAGGAAUUGUCUUCCUCGCGGAAUGUAUUAUCACUGGAACAAUGAAAAGCGGAUAUAUGCAACACUUGCAUUGUUUGGUACCAAUCAUAAUGGCCUUCGCUGGGAUCAGUUUGAAGAGAAGUAUAGUCGCCACUUAACACCAGGGGACAAGGUCAAAGAAGCAGAGAAGGUGAAAGAUUCAAGCCAAAUACUAGGGAUUGGUUCAGUUUUAAUAGCAACGGUGGCAUUCGGUGCAACAUUCGCUGUCCCGGGAGGUUUCAUAGCGGAUGAUCAUACAAAUCGAGGCACCCCAACACUGGCUGGGAGGUAUGCAUUUGAUGCAUUCAUGAUGGCAAAUGCACUAGCUUUUAUUUGCUCCAUAAUAGCUACAGUUGGUCUCAUGUUCUCUGGAACAUCUAUGGUUAACAUGAAGAGCCGCCAAAUCAACUUAUAUGCAUCCGUGUUUUUCAUGUCAAGUUCGCUUACAAGCUUAUCUGUUGCUUUUGCAAUGGGCGUGUAUAUGCUGCUAGCUCCGGUUGCUCAUGCUACUGCCAUGGUGAUUCGUGUGCUUAGUCCUCUCGCGGUGCUAUAUAGAAAUUCUGAAUUUUUACUAAAGGUCAUAAUUCUUGCACGAUCAUUAUACCUUAGAAUGGGGAUAAUUUGGGCAUUAAAGUGGUUAGCAAUGAUGAUGGCUAAGCGGAUUCUCUUGGAGUUAUGGCCCUUCACAGUUAUCUUCGGCUGGGCCGCAGUUGCACAGAAGAUCCGAAACCACCUCUGAUGUCAAGAAGCCUUAAAUAUUUGAUCUGCCGUUGAAGCUAAACGAAGUGAGUCUAUCAAGCUUGUGACUAAUCAUUUUUAAGCAUAUGUUUGCUCUCAAAAUAACCCAUGUUAUGGAAGUUUUGUUGUGUGUUGUUCUUGGCUUGUAACUUUAUGUCUUCGGAGUACUUGUGCUUGUAAUAAAUAUAAACAAGGUUUGCCAUAUUUUUCCUAAGACUUUAUUCCGAAUG